GCUCAGCGGCUGCAGCAGGAACCGGACCCGGCACCGGAGCGGCGGCGGCGGCGGCAGCAGCGGUACCGCCUCCUCACCCGGCGGCAGCAGCAGCGGCGGCGGCAGCGGCGGCGGCGGCGGCGGCAGCGGCCCCUCCUCACCCGAACAUCAGGGCCCUCCAGACCCAGGCGCCCCAACAAAUUCCUAGAGGACCUGCACAGCAGCCUCUCGAGGAUCGACUCUUCACUCCCGCCGUCCCGGCAGUGUAUAGCACGACCCCAUAUCCCUCUGGACAGAAUGCAGGUCCAACCACGUUGGUAUACCCUCAAGCCCCUCAGACAAUGAAUUCACAACCUCAAACCCGUUCUCCGCCCAGCAGAACAGUGCCAAUACAUUGCACAGACAACUGGAAGAGGAGGAAGGUUUUGGAACAGACUCCCGUUUACAGGUCCUUGGCUGGAAGAGGCUGGAUAAAAUACUGCAUUUUUGCAGCGGGGCCUCGACCUGCCCAUCAUCAGGGAGGAUUCAGACCCAUCCAGUUUUUUCAGAGGCCUCAGAUACAGCCUCCUAGAGCUACCAUCCCGAACAGCAGUCCUUCCAUUCGUCCUGGUGCACAGACACCCACUGCAGUGUAUCAGGCCAAUCAGCACAUCAUGAUGGUUAACCAUCUACCCAUGCCGUACCCAGUGCCCCAGGGCCCUCAGUACUGUAUCCCACAGUACCGUCAUAGUGGCCCUCCGUAUGUUGGGCCCCCACAACAAUAUCCAGUUCAACCACCAGGGCCAGGGCCUUUUUAUCCUGGACCAGGACCUGGGGACUUCCCCAAUGCUUAUGGAACGCCUUUUUACCCAAGUCAGCCAGUGUAUCAGUCAGCACCAAUCAUAGUGCCUACGCAGCAGCAGCCCCCUCCAGCCAAGAGAGAGAAAAAAACCAUAAGAAUUCGUGAUCCAAACCAGGGAGGGAAAGACAUAACAGAGGAGAUUAUGUCUGGAGGUGGCAGCAGAAAUCCUACCCCACCCAUAGGGAGACCCACUUCCACACCUACUCCUCCUCAGCAGCUGUCCAGCCAGGUCCCUGAGCACAGCCCUCUGGUUUAUGGGACUGUGGAGAGCACUCAUCUUGCUGCCAGCACCCCUGUCACUGCAGCUAGCGACCAGAAGCAAGAAGAGAAGCCAAAACCAGAUCCAGUGUUAAAGUCUCCUUCCCCAGUCCUUAGGCUAGUCUUUAGUGGAGAGAAGAAAGAACAAGCAGGCCAGACGUUGGAGACUACUGUGGUAGAAUCCAUGCCAGAGCUUCCCCUGCCUCCAUCACCUACCACUGUUUCUCCACUUGCUCGAAGUACCAUUGCUUCCCCCACCUCUGCUGCUCUUAGUAGCCAGCCAAUAUUCACCACUGCUGUAGAUGACAGAUGUGAACUCUCUUCCUCAAAAGAAGACACAAUUCCUGUACCUAGCCCCACAUCUUGCACAGAGACAUCAGAUCCAUCACCAACAGAUGUAAUUGAUGAUGAUAUAUGCAAGAAAUCUUGUAGUGUAGCACCUAAUGAUAUUCCACUGAUUUCUAGUACUAACCUAAUUAAUGAAAUGAAUGGAGUUCGUGAAAAAUUACCAGCCUCGGAGAGCAUUGUGGAAAUAGUAAAACAGGAGGUGUUGCCAUUGACUCUUGAAUUGGAGGUUCUCGAAAAUGCCCCAGAAGAAAUGAAAUUGGAAUGUGUCCCAGCUCCCGUUACCCCUUCCACAGUUCCUUCCUUUUCUCCAUCUCCUCCAACUCCUCCAGCUCCUCCUCCUCCCACACCAGCCGGUGUUUCUGCUGCUGCCACUAAUGUUAGUAUGGCUGGUGUUCCCACCACGGUCCCUAGGGUCUUAGAAGAGGACGAGAGUGUGAGAACUUGCCUUAGUGAAGAUGCAAAAGAGAUUCAGAACAAACUAGAGGUAGAAGCAGACGGGCAAACAGAAGAGAUUGUGGAUUCUCAGAACCUAAGUUCAAGAAAGAGCCCCAGCCCAGCUCAGACAGCUGUAACUGCACCAAAGAUGUGGAAAAAACCAAAAGAUCGGACCCGAACCACUGAAGAGGUGUUGGAGGCAGAAGUGGAGCCUAAAGCUGAAGAGGAGCUUUCAGGCGACAAAGUACUUGAAUCUGAACAGGAUAAAAUGAGCCAAGGGUUUCAUCCUGGAAGAGAACCCUCCGACCUAAAAAAAGUAAAAACUGUGGAAGAAAAUGGAGAAGAAGCUGAGCCUGUACGUAAUGGUGCUGAGAGUAUUUCUGAGGGUGAAGGAGUAGAUGCUAAUUCAGGCUCCACUGAUAGUUCUGGUGAAGGGGUGACAUUCUCAUUCAAACCAGAUUCCUGGAAGCCUGCUGAUACUGAGGGCAAGAAGCAGUAUGACAGGGAGUUUUUGCUGGACUUUCAGUUCAUGCCAGCCUGUAUACAGAAACCAGAGGGCCUGCCUCCCAUCAGUGACGUGGUUCUGGACAAAAUCAACCAACCCAAAUUGCCAAUGCGAACUCUGGAUCCUCGGAUUUUGCCUCGAGGACCAGAUUUUACUCCAGCCUUUGCAGAUUUUGGAAGGCAAACCCCUGGUGGAAGAGGUGUACCUAUUUGCAAAGUGCAGAGCAGGCAUGGAUCGCCAAUUCUGGAACAGAGCAAAGCCCCAGCUUGCGCUCCACUGGCAAUGUCGCACCCACCCCUGAAGAGCCUGCCUCUUGGGUUGUUGAACGUUGGACCGCGGAGAUCUCAACCUGGCCAGAGAAGAGAGCCCAGGAAGAUCAUUACAGUCUCUGUGAAAGAAGAUGUACACCUGAAAAAGGCAGAGAAUGCCUGGAAGCCCAGCCAAAAACGAGACAGCCAAGCUGAGGAUCCUGAAAACAUUAAAACCCAGGAACUUUUUAGAAAAGUUCGAAGUAUCUUAAAUAAAUUGACACCACAGAUGUUCAACCAACUGAUGAAGCAAGUGUCAGGACUUACCGUUGACACAGAGGAGCGGCUGAAGGGAGUCAUUGACCUGGUCUUUGAGAAGGCUAUCGAUGAGCCCAGUUUCUCUGUGGCUUACGCAAACAUGUGUCGAUGUCUAGUAACGCUGAAAGUACCCAUGGCAGACAAACCUGGUAACACAGUGAAUUUCCGGAAGCUGCUCCUGAACCGUUGCCAGAAAGAGUUUGAAAAAGAUAAAGCAGAUGAUGAUGUCUUUGAAAAGAAGCAGAAAGAACUCGAGGCUGCCAGUGCUUUGUCAUCCAAGCUUCUAUUGUCAUUCCUUACACAACAGCCAGAGGAGAGGACGAGGCUUCAUGACGAACUAGAAGAAGCUAAGGACAAAGCCCGGCGGAGGUCCAUUGGUAACAUCAAGUUUAUUGGAGAGCUCUUUAAACUCAAGAUGCUGACUGAAGCUAUCAUGCAUGACUGUGUGGUGAAGCUGCUGAAGAACCAUGACGAGGAGUCCCUAGAGUGCCUCUGCCGCCUGCUCACCACCAUAGGCAAAGACCUGGACUUUGAGAAAGCAAAGCCACGUAUGGACCAGUAUUUUAAUCAGAUGGAGAAAAUUGUGAAAGAAAGAAAAACCUCAUCUAGGAUUCGAUUCAUGCUUCAGGAUGUGAUAGACCUAAGGCUGUGCAACUGGGUAUCUCGAAGAGCAGAUCAAGGGCCUAAGACUAUCGAACAGAUUCACAAAGAGGCUAAAAUAGAAGAACAAGAAGAGCAAAGGAAGGUCCAGCAGCUCAUGACCAAAGAGAAGAGACGAACAGGUGUCCAGAGAGUGGAUGAAGGUGGAUGGAACACUGUACAGGGGGCCAAGAAUAGUCGGGUACUAGACCCCUCAAAAUUCCUUAAAAUCACUAAGCCCACAAUUGAUGAGAAAAUUCAGCUGGUACCUAAAGCACAGCUGGGCAGUUGGGGAAAGGGCAGCAGUGGUGGAGCAAAGGCAAGUGAGACCGAUGCCUUACGGUCAAGUGCUUCCAGUUUAAACAGAUUCUCUGCUUUGCAACCUCCAGCACCCUCGGGGUCUACAUCGUCUACGCCUUUAGAGUUUGAUUCCCGACGGACCUUAACCAGUCGUGGAAGCGUGGGCAGGGAGAAGAAUGACAAGCCCCUGCCGUCUGCAGCAGCUCGUCCCAAUACUUUCCUGAGAGGCGGCAGCAGCAAAGACCUGUUGGACAAUCAGUCUCAAGAAGAGCAACGCAGGGAGAUGCUAGAGACCGUGAAGCAGCUUACGGGAGGCAUGGACGUGGAGAGGAGCAGCGCUGAGGCUGACCGAAACAAGGGCCGGGAGUCAGUAGCGAAGCCAGAAAUUCCAGCAACAGCAGCCCCUGACAAGCCUGCGUUGUCAGAAUUGGAGAUGGCGAGGAAGUCUAAAUCUAUCAUUGAUGAGUUUCUACACAUUAAUGAUUUUAAGGAAGCCAUGCAGUGUGUGGAAGAGCUGAAUGCCCAGGGCCUGCUACAUGUGUUUGUGAGAAUGGGAGUGGAGUCCACCCUGGAAAGGAGCCAGAUCACCAGGGAUCACAUGGGCCAAUUACUGUAUCAGCUGGUGCAGUCAGAAAAACUCAGCAAACAGGACUUUUUCAAAGGUUUUUCAGAAACGUUGGAAUUGGCAGAUGACAUGGCUAUUGAUAUUCCCCACAUUUGGUUGUACCUUGCUGAACUGGUGACCCCCAUGUUAAAAGAAGGUGGAAUCUCUAUGAGAGAACUUAUCAUAGAAUUUAGCAAACCUUUACUUCCUGUUGGAAGAGCUGGGGUCUUACUUUCUGAAAUAUUGCACCUUCUAUGCAAACAAAUGAGCCAUAAGAAAGUGGGAGCCUUAUGGAGGGAGGCUGACCUCACCUGGAAGGACUUUUUACCAGAAGGGGAAGAUGUACAUAAUUUUCUCUUGGAGCAGAAGUUGGACUUUAUAGAGUCUGACAGUUCCUGUUCCUCUGAAGCACUUUCAAAAAAAGAACUCUCUGCUGAAGAGCUAUAUAAGCGACUCGAGAAACUCAUUAUUGAAGACAAAGCAAAUGAUGAACAGAUCUUUGACUGGGUAGAGGCUAAUUUAGAUGAAAGCCAGAUGAGUUCACCUACAUUCCUUAGAGCUUUAAUGACAGCUGUUUGUAAAGCAGCUAUUAUAGCCGACUGUUCUACCUUCCGAGUGGACACUGCUGUUAUCAAGCAGAGAGUGCCGAUCUUACUCAAGUACCUAGACUCAGAUACGGAGAAGGAACUGCAAGCACUUUAUGCACUACAAGCAUCAAUAGUAAAACUUGAUCAACCUGCCAAUUUGCUACGGAUGUUUUUUGAUUGCCUAUAUGAUGAGGAGGUGAUCUCCGAGGAUGCUUUCUACAAGUGGGAAAGCAGCAAGGACCCUGCAGAGCAGAAUGGGAAGGGUGUAGCUCUGAAAUCUGUCACUGCGUUCUUCACGUGGCUGCGGGAAGCAGAAGAGGAGUCUGAGGAUAACUAAAGCUUCAAAUACACAAAACGAAACAAAAGAAACAAUUUAAGUAUUUUUUUAAAAAGUUUCACGUCUUCGCCAAUCACAGUGCAGCAAGGCCAAUUCUCGCAGAAAUCCCCACGUGUGCACGAGUGGGAGAGGGGAAAGAGAAAAAAGGUGAUCAUGGAGGAAAAAGGUACUGGAAAAAGUAAACUUCAAACCUGAGGGCGGGAGCACUAAAACCAAAAUACAUGUAUUAUUUAUAGAAAAUAUUUUCUGUUUUAAUCUUUUCUUUUUAAACAAGGACUCAUACUUUAAAAAAACACAUCUGUUUAGCAAAAAAAAAAAAAAAAAAAAGUUGAGAACUUUUAAUUUAUUUUAAGGACUGCAAAUGCCAGUGUAAUUUUUUAAUUUGCAGUUUCUGUAAACAACUUGUAUAAUAGAAAAGCAGAGAAAUAAAUUUCCCUCCCCUUCAAAUGCACCUCACGUUUGUUUUAAAACAUAGUAGUUAGUCCAGAUUUAAGAAGGUUUGGGGUGAACAAGGUAAGAAAGAUUUUUUUUUUUUUUUUUUUUUUUUUGGCAUCAAAUCUUUCUGCCUGCCUCUCAGCUUGCUUCAGAAAAUUUUAAAAAAAUCACCAUAGUUAUCAAAACAUACAUAACCUUGGAACAGAAGGAAAUGCUGUGGACCAGAGAACUCCAAGAAUUGUUUAAAAAAAUUUAAAAAAAAGUGCUACCCUGGGAAAAGUACUCUUAAUACUUUUGAAAUCUUUAGAGCAACUUUAAGGCUUGUAAAUACAUAGAACAAAUAUUUAAAAAAACAAAAAAACAAAAAGAAAUUGACUCAAUACUAUUUCUUUUCACUUUCAAAAUAUAAAGAACAAAAUAAAGACAAACAUUGCAAGUUUAAAAGAAAGUAAA